AUGACACAGCGUGUCAAGUCUACCAUCCCUCCGCCCCCAUCAUUUGUCACCGAUGCACCUCUCGAUCGCGUGGCCGAAGUCAACCGUGGUGACUGGACGAUAUCCCAGGGCGGCUUUUCGAACGACAACCUGAAAACCACGAUGGGCGACAAAUCAGUCAAUAACCCGAAACAUAGCGAGGAAGAGGAGACGAAGAACGCUGUCGAGGCACAGAGCCGUCGAUCAUCGGAAGAACACUGCAGCGCCGUGCCUCGUCCUGCGGUUUUCGACUCUUGGUCGCAAGAGAUAGCAACGUCCAAAGGAAAGGCGGAUGGAUCGUCUGAAACUCACCAGUCUAAAAAGCAGUCAAUUGCAGAUCUCAUACAAGCGAUCAAGACUGACCCAGAAAUCAAGCGACUCCUGAAUGACGCUCUCUCAGAGAACAAGUCCUUCGCCACGAAGGCCACUCCUGUGAGCCCUGCUACAGUACCACUUGAUUUCGCUCAGCAGGUCUUGACCACGGAGACACGCGCGGCUGAAGGGUUUCCAUCUUGUGAAACCGGUCCUAGUGACUUCGCCGCUUGCGCACUCGAUAAGUGCCCCACGUGCAAGAUUACUAACGUCCCUACUCGUCAAGUUGAGCACGGUGGAAAGUGGCAAGAUGUGGCCGAGUCUGUCGCAACAUCGUCGAAAACCUGGACUCCCUACCGCCCGGCUACACCUGUCUUCGACGGGUGGACCAGUUGCCCAACGAAGCUGGUCGUCGUCAAGGACGUCAAAUACACGAUCCAUGAUACGAUCUUCGACACAAUGUUCCCUGCGAACAACACAUCUACCAAGCUUGAUCAGCUGGAUGACGACAGCUUCCUUGUGUCCGGGAUUCAGAGCCGAUACUUUGCAAGCGCAUUGGAGUUCCUGUAUAGCCAAGAUACGAAGCAUCUCUGCUCUAUCCCCGUCGAAGGCCAGAAUCAAAUCCUCUCAUUUGCUGCCAAAUAUGACAACAACUAUUUGUUGUGCGUGAUGAUUCCCAUUCUGGAGCUGGACUUUUCGAAUCCAGGCUUCUCUUCUCGAGCUGCCACCAUCUACCGGUCCUAUGCGGCACCCGAGGAUUUUCGACAAUACUUUCGCCAGACCUUGAAGGUUGAGCUCCAAACUCGUCUGGACGAUGGCUCCUGCGAAGAGUUCCUCAGUGGUAUCCACUCUCAGUUCUCCGACGCAGGAGUAGCUCUCCUAGAUGUGGCUCUGGUGCUCAACUCGCUCUGGACGAAUGCUGAGCUGAAAGUCGAGCACGCUGAUCCAGCUGAAGAUUGGAGUGAUAAAGGUGUUGCUCAGGAGGACGAUGGUAAGGACGCAUACGACGACCGUACCUCCAACACCUGCGGAGGAAACAUGAUUGGACCUGACUACACAAACCAAUGGGGCGAUUAUCCACCCAAACCCUCCCAAUGCUCACGCGUUUGGCAUGCGCCAGUUCAAUGCGACAGCGAACCUCAGCCACCUUGCGCCGCCAUCAAGUCCAACUUGCAAACCGCCAAAGUCCCUGCCCCGUCCAUAAUCACGCCUCCAUCACACGUCGUUCUUGAAGCCCUGCAGCCGCGAGAUCCGUCACCCAGCUGGGAAGAACCACUCGCUCAGCCUUUGCGCGCAGACACCAGUCAUCGUGCCAUCGACAACACAAAUGAUGAUUGGAUAGCAACUGCUCUGCAGGGUACCUCAGCCCUUGCUCGCUGUGUCUAUCAUCACCUUAGGCACAGAGACGUGGGGAAAGUGGCUACUGUGGCUGAGUACCUAGGCUGCACCAAGGACGAAGCUGAUCGUGCUCUCCAAGAGUUGAUGCUGGUAGGCGUCGUCGAUAACCGCGUCUCCGUAUUUGGCGACGUAACGGUCUUCGUCGUGAAGAAAGAAUUGCCGCAAGAGCCAAUCACCACGGCCUUGCCUGCCAACGACGUUGUUGAAACUGAAGACUACGACAAAGCUAGAGCUUGGCCGCUGUCGCUGGGAACCAGGUCGGAAAAGACUCGUAUGGUCUAUCUCUGGUUGAAGUACGAGCAAGCGUUUUCCACGGAAGAAACAUGGUUUAGUGCCCAGGACGUUUCGGAUGCCCUCGGAUUUGAUAUCCCUGAGGCGCUGCUUAGCCUCAACGAACUUGAAAGCACCGGCCAUGCCGAAAUUGCGGGCGGCCCAUGGGACAGCGACGUGUUUAGACUCUACAGCUCGGAGCAGGGUCACUAG